CAUUCGAUCAUCUCAUCUCCUUCCAAGCUUCCAGUAUCUCCUUCCGAAAUACACCAAGACUGAAGAACUUUGAAGGUGCUAGGGUUCCAUGUCUAUCCGAUCAUCUCCUUCCAGAAAUACUCCCAAGAGAGUCUGACGAACACUUCGAAGGUGCGAUUGUAAGGUUUAAUCGAAGGUGCUGCUGAUUGAUUCUCUCCUUCGAAGGUGCGAUUGAAGAGUGAAUAUUUUUCAGGUAAGUUGUCUGAAACCUUCUAUAUAAUGGGUGAAUCUUUUACGAUUCAGAUUAGCAGCAACUUAGUCAAACAGCUUGCAGAUGACGGUGAGAAGUCGAAGAAAAAAACAAAAAGAUCCAAAACUAAGAUACCACGGGAACCCCAACAAUCCCAAACUAAGGCACAUCAGAAGCAGAUUUCUGGUGAUUCCGAAAUACCCAAACGGACUGCUCCGGUCGGUUGGCCUGUUCAGCCUCCAAUAUUCAUGCCCUUAUCCCCGCCUCCACAUUCUUCCAGUGCAGAGUUAGAUGCCAUCCGUUCUGCCGUUCAAGAAAGCGAGAAAGUUUUGGAGAAGUUGCAGAAGCAGGGGGAGGUGAUGGUGCAGGAAGUAACUCAGAGAGCUAAGGAUCUCCAUGACAAGGAGUUCAAGCUUCCAACCCAGAAGCCACUGCCCUGUUUGAUGGAGAAAAAUGCUUGUUUUGAGUGCUACAAGGAAAACGACAAGAACCCCCUGAAAUGUGCCGAUGCAGUCAAAAACUAUAAAGAUUGCAUUCACAGAGACAGACAGACAGCAAGUUAGAGCAGCCAAGUAAGCUGCUUAAAAUUUUGAAUCUAUAUACCAUGUACAAGCUAAUUGCUAGUUUUGAGUAAAACUGGGAUUUUUGCAGUGAUAAUAAACCAAAAACUGUCAGUUCCCAUGCUUGGGGCUAUUGCGGCCACCAUUAGAUUUUUUUCUCUUGUUUUUUCAUCUCCGAAAUAUGUUCUCGUUCACAGAUGUAAGCCAAGUGGCUUUUGCCCAUUGAAUAUUUUUCAGAAUUAUAUGAGCCAUUUGAUGCCAAACAUGCCAUUUGACUGCAA